GCGCGGCUCUUUGUGGAUGACUCGGUGGCGUCGGAGGCCGUGGUGGGGAUCUGCGUCUCCCCGGCAGAGGUCCAGAGCUUCGCAGGCACCGAGAAGGACGGGCGCAUCGUCGGGGAGAUCGCCUUCCAGCUGGACCGGCGUAUCCUGGCCUACGUCUUCCCUGGCGUGACGCGGCUCUACGGCUUCACCGUGUCCAACAUCCCAGAGAAGAUCAAGCAGACCUCCAUCAAGUCCCUGGACGGCUCCGUGGACGAGAAGAAGCUGCGCGAGCUGACCCACCGCUACCUGACGCUCACCGCGCGGCUGGAGAAGCUGGGCUACAGUCGCGACGUGCACCCCGUGUUCAGCGAGUUCCUCAUCAACACCUACGGCAUCCUGAAGCAGCGGCCCGACCUGCGCGCCAACCCCCUGCACAGCAGCCCGGCCGCGCUGCGCAAGCUGGUCAUCGACAUCGUGCCCCCCAAGUUCCUGGGCGACUCGCUGCUGCUGCUCAAUUGCCUGUGCGAGCUCUCCAAGGAGGACAGCAAGCCGCUCUUCGCCUGGUGAGCCCGCCACGCCCGCCGCCUU